AUGCCAGUGACAAUAAAAAUAGACAGGUCAGUAGUCUCAUCGGCUGCUGAUGCAAUAUCGUGGUCUCAAGAUGGAAGGCUAGCAGUUGCUUCGGGUCAGAGCAUCACGAUUCUGUCGCCAACUACUAACAUCCCUCCUGAAGAGGAUGAAGAGGGAAAAAAGCGAGUUCUCCGGUAUGAUACAAACCAUACAGUGGUCUUAGACGAGGUCCCAUCGUAUUAUUCGGAAAUUACGAGUUCAAAUGAUCAGGCUUUCUCAUUGACUGCAACAACUGCGGAGAUUGUCUUUGUGAAUGCUGACUGGUCGCCAUCUGGGAUGGCUGCCAUCACCCGAGGUUGUCUGUUAGCAACUUUAACUAGCAGAGGUGAGGUCGUACUAUUUCAUCAACAAGGCAAUCCACACACUGUAAAAUGGCAAUUGAGAGCCAAUCUCAACCACAUCACAUUGCAAGAUUUACUUAGGGCAAAUCGGUUAGAAGUCCAUGUUGAGAGUCAAAAGCUAGUUCUCGACGAUAAUCAAAUGAGAGGCUUACGGUUCCAUAGCUUGGCAUGGUCAGAAAGAUUCAUUUAUCAAGGAGGGGAUAAAUGGGGUAGUGCUUUUUUAGCAUUAGGGUCUGAGUUGGGCUAUGUGAUGAUUUAUGAAAUAAAUGCGAAUGAGAUCAAAAAAGCUGGGGAGAUUCAUGUUGGAGAUGAAUGGAUUACGGGUUUAAAAUGGUCCAGUUGGUCAGCAGAUAAUAGCUCAAAUGGUACCCAAGAUGUAAGAAGAGGACGAAAAACGACAGAUAACGAAACAGUGAAUAGAAUGGAAGACAGUAAUGACAUCACCCAUGCAGCUUUCACAGCGUUCUUAUCUGUGUCAACUUCCACAAAUCGACUAGUAGUAAAGAAGAUACACUGCACUAAAACUCCAAAUGGCGAUGCACAUGUCGACAGCAUGGACGUUGACCACGAUGACGAGAGAAAGAAGAGCACUCCAAGGACACCAGCGAAUUUAACCGUGCUAGAAGACCGGGAGGUUCUAGCGAGCUCAAGGUUUCAUUUAUCAAUUCAUCGUUGGUAUCGUGAUAAUAUUCACCAUACUAAUGUUUUAGCAGUUGUACGAGCUCGGCAUCUAGAUGUAUUUAUAUUUUCGGAAAACACAACGAAAAGCAAGAUUCUCAGUUUCACCACUGACUUUUCCGCUCAUCCUACGGUCCUUAUGAUCAGUAGAGUGAAUCCCACUGUGGUUCAAGUGACAACGACAUCGUGUAAAGGCGAAUCAUUUUCUGUAAAUAUCGAUACCGUCUUAGAAGAAGCAUUAGAUGUUGAUGAUUCUCGAUCAGUUAGUGACAUUAUCAGUUCUCUUGUUUCAAAACGGAAAAAGCGCACUACGGACUCUUUAACAACGGCAUUGGUGAAUUUCGAGUGUUUCGGUGGAGUGGUUCAUCCUCAUGGAACAUAUAUUGCGCUGGCAUACACCCUCACUCCAAUUGAGAAACUGCGAUAUCCUAUCCUCUCGCAGCAAUCGUGUAGGAUAGUAUUCUUACCUCUUGGCAAUGAAAGUUUGGAGACAUUGAUAGUUCCUACAGCCCGAUCUAUUAUAGACGGAUCCAGCUUGUCAACAUGGUGGGAAAUUCUAACACUACAGACUUUUAUUUCUAAAUCUGAUCGCGAAAAUUAUAUGAAGAAACUGAUCGAUCAGCUCCAAACUGAUGAAUCGAGUCCAGAGAGUAUAUAUGCAGGGCAAACAGCGGCAGUAGACAGUUCACGUGGACUAGUUUUGGAAAAUAUGCUAAACAGAUCACUGUUCAAGCCUUCACUUGAACGACACCGCCUGUUACUUCAUUUGGGAGUUGGCAGUGCCACUGUGGUUCUCCAAUUCUUAGCAGCCAUUGUGCUCAGAUAUGCCAACGGCAUAGAUGACCAUGAUAAUCUGGGUCUGCUUGAUCGAGUAUCUCUUUUAAGUUACAAUCACGUUAUGGAUGGGGACUCUACUCCUCUAUUCAAUGAUGGUAAACCCACAGAAAUCGCUAUCUCAGGCAGAUUCUUCGAGGAAGUCUUUGAUUUCCAAAGUGAAAACAGUGGAAAUUUGGAGUCAAUUACAUCAAAAAAUGGUGUAGCUUGGAGACGAUGUAGUGUUACUCUAUUACCACUUACGUCGAAAGAUGUCGUUACUUGUGAAGGGUGCCAAAGGAAACGGAUCAAGACAGUGCCUAAAGAAAACUGGCUUGUCUUGGCCAUACUUCGUGCUACUGAUGUAUGUAUUUAUUGUGGGUCUCACUAUCAUGAACGGUAA